AUGGAGCAAGCGCAGGUGCAUCGACUCAUGGAUCUUACAAGACUGGGUAGCGCGCGCGAGCGAGGUCCUCCUCAGGACAACACCCGCCCAGGCUCGACCAACCCAUCAGAUAUCUACCUGGUCGCCCUCUGCCGCGCCUUCAUGACUUACGGCGCGCCCACACAUCGUCUGGAAGAAUAUGCACGCCAAGCCUUGGAUGCACUGGGCUUAUACCUACAGUCCUUCUACAUUCCCGGCUGCAUGAUCGUCUCCAUUGGCGACACAUCCAAAGAUCCGCCGCGAAUACACAUUGUGCGGUGUAAUGAAGCACUGGUGCUGUCGAAGCUGUACCGUGCCCACGCCGUCCACAAAAGGGUCGUGCACGGCGAGCUGACCGUCGAGGAAGCCACCAUCGAACUGAACAGCAUCUUGUCUCAAUCAGCUUCGUUCCCAAGAUGGCUGCGCAUCCUCAUGUACGGACUAGCAUCCGCAAGCAUUGGGCCAGUCUCCUACGGCGCCCGACCGAUCGAUCUACCCAUCAUAUUCUUCUUGGGAUCUCUGCUCGGAGUCAUGGAAUCGGCCCUCGCUCCAGGAUCGGAGCUGUACGCCCACAUACUCGAGAUCUCCGCGGCCAUCGUCAUCUCACUACUAGCUCGAGCAUUUGGGUCCAUACCUUCCGGACCAGAAACUAAACCAUGCUUCUCUGCUGUAUGCCAGGCAUCACUUGUUAUGAUCCUCCCCGGACUUACCAUAACUAAAAGCGCUCUGGAACUACAAUCAAGAAACAUUGUCUCAGGCUCGGUACGCAUGGUAUAUGGUGUCAUCUUGAUCCUCUUUCUGGCGUUUGGCAUAACCAUAGGCGCGACAAUCUACGGCGCAAUGGACCCCGCUGCGACGUCCGCAACGACCUGCACGACAGCUUGGCCUUUUUGGUGGCAGGCUAUCUUCGUGGCACCUUUCACCAUCGCCUACAUCAUAAUCAACCAAGGACCAUGGUCUGAGAUGCCUGCCAUGGUUGUCAUUUCGUUGAGUGGGUGGUUCGUCAAUUACUUCGCCGGUAGACGAUUCGCAGCCAACCCACAAGUGACGCAGGCUAUCGGUGCUCUUACUGUUGGCGUCCUUGCGAACUUGUGCUCACGCCUUGGCUAUGGACUUGCCAUCGCAUUGCUGCUACCUGCGAUCUAUCUCCAGGUACCUGGGAGUUUUGCUGCUUCAGGGAGCUUGAUCAGCGGUCCGAGAGAUGCUGAUGAGCUCGUACAUAACGGGACGGCUUCGGCGAUAUCUGGAUCUGCCAACACGACGGUCUUGAAUGCUGGUUAUAGCAUGGUCGAGAUCGCGAUUGGCAUCACGGUGGGCUUGUCUGCAACACCACGCCCUCUCUCCUUCGCCGACUCGGGCAGACAGUCCCCCUUCAAGCGCCAGAACUCAGCAUCACCAGCAACAGUCCGAGCAACAACGCCCACAUCAUCACCAACCAAGCUAGCGACAAGUCUAUCACCAACCAAAGCCGGCUCACUGUCACCGGAGAAGAAUAGUCCCUUCGUACGCCGACCAUCACAGAUCAGCAAUGCCGGCGACAGACCAUCAAGUCCUUUCGCCAGACCGGGCAGUAGUCUCGGCAGACCAGGGAGCAGUCUAGGCGUGCCUCAGAGUCCCUCCAGGCAAGUCAGUAAUACGAGCACAUACAGUCGGAAUGACGAUGCGACGUCUUCGCCAAAGGCUAUGCCGGUCUUGACGAGAAGGAUGACACCGCCCACGCCCCACCUAGCACGGGAGGAGACGCCUACGUACGCGCCAGCAUCGCCGGUACGCGACCUACCAUCGCCCUUGCCAUCACCAUUCUAUGAUGGUCCAGCUCCAGAAUCAUCAGCGGCUGCCACGCCAUCUCAAGCCAUGUUACGACCAACUGCACAGCGAAUCCCCACUUCCUCGACCGUCUCGACAAUCCGACAACCACAAUUCACAGCCUCCAUUUCUCACGACAACAAACCAACACCACCCAUAUCCCGCCCACCCAUGACCCGCGGUCUCAGCAACAAAGCCUCCGGAGGCUACAACCACGUCCCUCCACCUCUCCUUCGCAGCAUGCGCGAAAGCUUCGAAGUCCUCGACUCCUCCAACUCCGGCACCGUCAACGCCGCCGCCGUAGCAACAAUGCUAGAGCAAAUGGGCAUGGAUAACAAUCCCUCCACAAUCCGCGACUUCUUCCCUGCCAACGCUCCCGCGCAACUGAAUCUAGCCCGCUAUCUCGAGAUCCUCUCAUCGCCUCUGGGCCAGCUAAGCCAUAACGACGAACUUAUCGCCGCUUUCGAGGCAUUUGAUGUAGAUGAUAGUGGUCAGAUCGAUGUUAUGGAAUUGAGGAAUGCGCUGGUGAAUACGGCGCCAGAGCCCGGGGAGGAGGAUUAUAAGGUCAGUGAACGGGAGGUUGACAGUAUUCUGGGCGAAUUUGCGAGUAGGCGACAUUUCGGGGCCAAGGGUCUGACAGUGGCGAAAGGAAAGGGUGAAGUGUUUAGGUACAGGGAGUUUAUGGGUAGUCUUGGCGGUGGACCGGCUGGCGGCGAAGGUAAUGUUGCUAGGAGACUACGUGAUAGCGUGGACGAUUAUCUCUUCAUGAAGCAGGACGAUUUCUCCCUCCGCUUCGCCCCCGAGUGA